GCACACUACUGGAGGGGGGCAGGGCAGAGCAGAGCAGAGCAGCCGCAGCCAUGGUGCAUGUAGGGGAGAUGCUGGCCUCGGCCGUCAUUAAGGAAGUUGUUCGCAGGCUGCCUGCGCUGCUCCAGGCUCCCGUCAAAGGUCCGGCAAAGAUGAUCCGGAGCUUCAGGGAGGACCUCGACGAGAUGAAAAUGACGCUCGAGUCCAUCAAGGCAACCAUGGCGGAAGCAGAGCAGCGGUCUAUCAACGACGAGACCGCGCGGCUGUGGCUCAAACGGCUCAAGAGGGCAGCCUAUGAUAUCUCUGAUAUGUUUGAUGAGUUCGAACACGGCAGCCCACCGGGCAAGAAGCUGCAGGGCCCUAGUUGGUUCGAGAUAAUGUUUAGCCGUGACAUGGCUAAGAAAAUGAAGAAAAUGAAUAAAAGGCUGAAAGAAAUAGCAGAGCAAUGGAAAAAUUACGGCGGGAUUGGCCGUGUAUCAUGUGAGCCCAAAAAUGAUGCUGCUGAGGAACAAGAAACAACUUCAAGUUCAUCAUCAGCCGUGGUUGUUGGUCGUAGAGCUGAGAAACAAGCAGUCAUUAAUAUACUGCUUAGCUCCAAUAACACAUACCCUCAAGAAACUAUUAGUCACUGUACUGUUAUCCAUGGACUUGGUGGUGUUGGUAAGAGCGAACUGGCAACAUCAGUGUUCAAUGACGAAAGAAUCAAGGAGGCCUUUCCUCAACGGGCAUGGGUUUGGUUGGGCCAAAAUUUCCGCGAAAAGGAUAUUGGAAGAGCUAUAAUCUCUAUAGUUGAAUGUGGAUCUUGUAAUCUCGAGAUUCUUGAAUCUAUAUACCAACAUCUCAGAAAGGUGCUCCUGGGUAGAUGUCUCAUUGUAUUGGACAAUCUCUGGGAUUCAGUUCACUUAGCCAAACUGCAGGGUGAACUAGGAAGCAAUGUUUCGAUCUUAGUUACUUCACGCAGAGAAAUUCAAUUGAAUAUGCCCAGAUCGACAUUAUUCCGCUUGGAUCCAUUGUCAGAAAGAUUUAGCCUUGAUUUAGUUAAGGAAGUUGCAUCCUCAUAUUUUCCUGCAGGUGAUAUUCCAGAAACUGCAAUGGAAGAAAUUGUAAAGAUGUGCGGAGGUGUACCUUUGGCCCUUAAAUCUGUUGCGUCACAACUGAGACCAGAAAGAAGCGUUAAAGAGCUGUUGAGUUUAAUAAGAGCUAUCUCUCCGCCCAAAUCAGAUUAUGGAACAACGGAUAUCCAGGACCGUGUUCUUGCAUCCCUUAAGCUGACAUAUCACUUAAUGUCCCCGAGUCUCAAGUUAUGCUUUGCUUACUGUGCAAUUUUCGCUAAAGGCGAUGAAAUUGAUCGGGAAGGCUUAUGCCACCAAUGGAUCGCUCUUGGACUAACUGAAAAGAUGUAUGCAGAGGACAGAGUCCGUGACUUAUUGACCAUGUCAUUUCUUCGGGAUCCAGAGCCACCUGCGAUCACGAGGAGCAGUUCUGGUGGUUCAUCCAAACUUAAGAUGCAUGAUCUGGUACACGACCUUGCUAUGUUAGUUGCUGAUGAUGAAUUGCUAGUUAUCAAUCAGGAGUGUGUGGUAUUUAAAUCUGAUUCACCUCGUUAUGCCAUGGUUUUUGCAUGUAAGUUGGAAAACUUGCAUAAGAAUAAAUUGCUAGCCGGGUUAAGGGCUCUUCAUAUAAAAGAUUCUGAUGGACUGAAAUUUAAAUGGUACAAUUUCUCGUUUGUCAAAUGCCUGCGGAUCAUGGAUAUUAGUGGGCUAUGCACUGAGAAGCUUCCUUCCUCGAUUGGAAAUAUGAUGCAGCUGAGGUACCUUAAUGCUUCAGGAAUACAAUGCGAAGUGCUCCCCAAAGCCAUUGGCAGUUUAUCAAAACUGCAAUAUCUCAAUCUACAUGGCAGUAGAAUUUCAGCACUACCAGACUCAGUUACCAAAUUGGGCCAGUUGAUGCAUCUGGACAUUUCGGACUGUGUGCAUCUGCAGACAUUGCCCAACUCGUUCUGCAAUCUCGAAAGCCUGUGUUUUUUGUCCCUAAAGAACUGCUGUCGACUAAGUUCAUUACCUGACGAUCUUGCCAGACUAGAGAAUUUAGAGAAACUAAAUUUGUCAGGAUGCUCCUGUCUUGACACUUUGCCAAAAUCCCUUGGUGAGCUGGACUCCUUAAAACUAUUGGACCUAUCAGGUUGUAUGAAACUCACCAUGCUCCCGAAAUCUUUCAUUAGCCUUACUAGUCUACAAUACCUGAACAUCUCAAGCUGUUCUGAGUUAGACAUACCUGUCGAUGCUCUUAACAAGCUCACAAAAUUGAACUAUAUAGACAUGUCAUGUUGUCCAAAACUUGUAGGCCUCCCUCAAGAAUUUUGCAGCCUUAAACAUCUCCACACACUGAAUCUCUCAGACUGUUCUAAAUUAGCAUAUUUACCAGAGAAGCUGGGCCAAAUGGAAAGCAUCAAGUUCAUUUUGCUUGAUGGUUGUACGGAAUCGGUGAGGAAACCUAUUCUAAAACAUAGGCUGGGUGCUGGUCUGCAGUCCUUACCAGCAUUUGUCGUUGAAAGAAAGGCUGACAGCAUACGGAGCAACAUUUUCCAACUCGAACAGGAGAAGUUCUCUGAGCUGGAACUGUAUCGCCUCGAGAAUAUACAUACAGUUGAUGAGGCUAAAGCACUGAAGAUGCCUGAUAGAUCAGGACUACGUAGUUUGGGACUUAUGUGGACAUUAAAUGUUGAUCGAUUCGUGGAAGAUGAAGCACUGCUUCAGGCGCUUGAGCCACAUGAGAAUCUUAAAAAACUUACGGUGCAAGGCUACAUGGGCGAAAGGUUUCCUAAAUGGAAACUAGAACUUGGUUCCUCCCGCCAGGGCCAUCUUCACGAAGUUGGAUUAAUGCAUUUUCCAAUGUGCAGCAGUUUGCCACAGCUUGGGCAGCUUGCAAAUCUCAAGAAGCUUUACCUGUCCAGGAUGCCAAAAAUAAGGAGACUGGGAAGAGAGUUGUCUGAUAACACUGGAGGGCUCAGGAAUUUGCAAAUCUUCACUUUGGAAUAUAUGGAGAACCUGGAAGAAUGGUGCACAACUAUGACAUCAGCUACGGGCCAGCAGCAGCAGGAAGAAUUCAUGUUUCCCGCGCUCCAAGAACUGACCAUAUACCAUUGCCCUCUGUUAACGAUGCGUCCCUGCCCUCCAAGAAGCAUAGAUUAUUGGGAAGUAAGAGCAAGCAGUGGUGCAGCACAACUGCUUCUUCAGAAGGACGGCAUGAUGCAAUCCGUGGCAGACUAUAUGGGCUUGCAGUGUCCCUUUGCUUACACCAGCGAGCUGCAUGUUAGUGGCUCCAGCAGCAGUUCCACACUACUUCCUACUGACGGAUGGAAAUUCAAUGGUUCUCUCAUCACUCUAAAGGAUUUGACAAGUGAUUGCUGCAGUUUGAUAGACAGAUUGCUAGCCAAAGGUAACAGCAUGCAAUGUUUAGUUAACCUAGAGGUUUCAGGCAUCAAAAAUACAAAUAGCUUACUGGAAGAAGUUGAAUCAGUUGCAUACUACACCCGAUCGAGCCUCGCUAAAUCAUGGCCAGAUUGGUUUUUACAGGAACAAGGCAUAAACAGAGCAUCACCACAUUUUAUAGUAACAGGUUAUGCAAAUUGUGGAGUCGAUGGCUGGAUUCAUAAGGUGACCUCCUUUCUUGGCAACCUUAUACGGAUCAACAUGGAGAACCUUCCUAUGUGCGACUGCCUACCACCACUUGGUCAGUUGCCAAUGCUGCAGGAACUGCGACUAAAAGGGAUGCCUAAAAUAAGAAGUAUUGAUCGAGACUUCUGUGGGAGUGGGAGUGGGAGUCAGCAAUCGUCACACACAUUGUUUUUCCCAAGGUUAACAAGGUUUGUUUUGAAUGAUAUGCCAAACCUAGAAGAUUGGGUCACUAAGGUGUCAGGUGCAAGUGAUCCGUAUGGCCAGGAGGAAUUCAUGUUUCCCAAGCUUGUCAAGUUGACAAUUUGGAACUGCCCCAAGCUUAAGCUGAAGCCAUGCCCCCCAAGAGCAAUGGAGUGGGAUAUAAAUAACAGCGAUCAAGUAAUAGCGUCAAACUAUGAUAUAAACAGUGGUGGUUAUCUUGUGACUAUGCUGCAAGUAUUGUUAUGCAAAGUUCCACCCAGCAAUUGGAAAUUGCUUCAUCAACUCCCUGGGAUCCAAAGCUUGGCUAUUGUAAGCUGCCACGGGAUGGAAGCUUUGCCAGAUAGCAUUCAAUACCUUUCCUCACUCCACUCGCUAACUGUAAGCAAAUGUCAUGGCCUGAAACACCUACCUGAUUGGUUGGGGGACCUCACCUCCCUUGAGAGGUUGAUGGUUGUGAGUUGCCCCCUGGAGUUCUUACCAGGGAGCUUGAGGCGCCUCCCUUUCCUUCGGUCGCUCACUCUGAGCCGUUGUGACCGACUGGCAGCACUGCCAGGGUGGAUGGGUGAUCUCAAAUCACUCGUGACGAUCACAAUUGAAGAAUGCAAGAGCCUUAAAUCUUUGCCUAAGCUUUAUCAUCUGGAACAUCUACACAUUCAGUGUAAUGACGAACUAGAACGUUGGUGCAAAUCAGAGGUGAAUCAGCAUAAGUUUUCUCAAACUCUAAGGAAGGGUUUCUUCCUGGAGAGUCCUAUGGGGACCAACAGCUGCAUCUUACCAGCUAGAUCGUUGAGUAUACUUUGGGGACAGGAUGACAGAUACUGGAGGUUGAAUUCUAUUCCUGAGUCCAGGUUCGCAUUAUCGAUGGAGCUCAUAGCAGUCUGGUGGCUCGAGAUUGAGGGAUGGGUCCCUUUCGAGUUCCUCUCCACCGACACUAGCUAUGAUAUAUUCCUUGUCUACAAGCUGGCAGAUGAGCAUGAUGGCCUCAGAUGGGGGGAGUCCUACGUAGCAGUGGAUGGAGUACACACCACUGAUGGCGUUGUUUCCUUUGUAGACGAAGAUGCCGUGCGUGUAGAUCGCGUGGCUUACCCGGUUACCCGUUCAGAAGGUUGGAUGGAGCUCUGGCUUGGUGAGUUUUACAAUAAGUAUGUUGAUAGAGAGGUAAAAGUGAGUGUCUGGGAGAAAACCGAUACCUAUGCCAAGAUAGGGCUCAUCAUUGAGGGCAUGGAGAUCAGAAAGAAGAGCGGGAGUAUUAGCUAGGUAGGUACAUGUUAGUAAUGAACCUGAUCUUGGGGAACUUGUCACAUACUUAGGUUUUGCUUUUGCAUGCC